AAAACAAAAAAAAAACAUGAAUGCGCAUUGCUUAUGAAUUAUGAUGAAUUAGGCGAAACUUUAUCUGAUGUUGAUAAGAUAAUAAAACCUGAAUAUGCAAGUCCAGAAAUUAGUGGUAAAGAAAAUAAUAUUGACAAAUUAAAGA